UGCUGCAAAAUAGAGACGACACUAUUAGUACACUAUAAAGGUUAAGGUUGCUGAUACCAACAGACGCUGGCAUUUAACUGGAGAAGCACUCAUGACUACAGCCACACAGUGCACGCUUUGUUUUCUUCAUUCAGAUUAUGAAUGGAUGGCGAAGGAAUAAUCACGUCGAGCUUUUCGUAUGUUGGUUGGUCAGCAGUUUGGACUAAAAUCAAUAGAAUGAUUUAAGAUUCUCUGCUCGUGUGAAUACUUUGUUUGCAGGAUAAAUAUAUAUGAUGUUGCAGAAGGUUAUGUGGGUUCGUCGAUCUGUGCUUUGAAACGCAACUUGGUAGCCGUUACAUUAGUAAUUUUCUCCGAUCUUUAGAAGUGGCAGUCACAAUAUCAAGGAAUAUAAAAAAACCAACGCCAUUCGUUGUGCAAUCAGGAGAUAGGAUUGAGCACUGAAAGCGGCACAAUCACAUUAAGGCCGAUUGGUACAACCGACAUUGUGCGGCGCCGAGUAACGAUGGUGAUAAGUGACCACGUGCCGUUACGAUUAGCCUGAUGAAGACGCUACGACGGGUGUCAGUUAUAGAUCGUGGUAUCAGCACUCGGGUUUGUUAGGAUAACCCAGUACUCCGUGGAGGAUGCGCAUCUACAAAAGGUGACGGAAUCUCCGUUUUUGACCUUCUUCGUAACCACCGACACGUGUUUCCAUAGCCAUAGUGGAAUCACGAUACAAGCGCUAUUACACUGCUACAUGUACAGUAUCGUAGAAAUGACCCUACGCUGACGCUACACUCUAUUAAAGCCGUGGUUAAGUACCAAUAAUUAUUCUAAAUGGACUGUAGGAUUUAUGUAUUCCAAAACUCUAAGUCGUAAUCUCGAUAUUUCUUCAUCGUCUGGCUUGCUUUAGUUUGGAUACUCUAUCUGAAAGACUUGUCGGAUACCGUUACGCGCUACUUGGAAUACUGCGACCAAUCAGGAUACACUGUGCUUUUAAAAGCUGGUCAAUUCGCUGACAAGAAGACGAACUUUAGAGAGAACGGUCACCACUCGGAAUUGACACCUCAACUCCCCCUUUGACGAGUCGACAUGACCAAGGAGCUUCCUUUCCGGCUCUCAUGAAAUUAGGACAAGGAUCCGACAUGAUUAGGAGGAAGCGAGUGUAGUCUGAUCGAGUUACGGCCGGAACGACUUGGCGGAAAAAACGAACUUUAUUUGAAUGUAAGGAGUGUUCGAAUAGAUAUAUCAGUUUAUCUUGCACUUGUACCUAUCAAUUCUAGUGAUUGGUUACAAAUUCAGAGAACAUUGUCUCACGGCAUCGUAUCUUACUUCAUGAAGUAUUCGUCAGCAGAAUCUAUUUGAUAACGACAACGAAAAAAGCACUUUUGAUAUUCCGAAGUAGUUGGUUUCUGCGGAACUGACACCGGAAAUCCUCAAUCUUGAGUGUGGUCCCUUGUUACCGUCUAUUUGUUUCCGGUUCCUGUUGAGCGGUCAUCAGCGGCAACCGGAACUCGCACAGCUGAGUACCAAAUUGGCGAUAGUACACGAUUUAUUACCUCGUUAUUCGUGACUGACAUGCAGAGUGUUCUGGCGAGUGGAAGCCGUGAUGUGGAAGACAAUGUCAUUCUAAGAUAGAUGUUCUCAAGUCACUGGAUUGACUGUGGAAGGUCGCUAAUGGUUUUCAUUGUGACAGCAGACUGCAGGGCAAACACCCUGAGCUAAUCUGUUCAUAUUAGAAAGAAUUGAUUUUGCUACAAACGUCAAUAUUCUUCUCUGCAUUGACUAACAUGUUGUUGGUUAUCCUUGGGCAAAUAUUUUCCAAAAUGACGAGCGACAAUACUACAAACUGGCAGUGAUCGUCAACAUGCGCACCUAUUUGCUCCUCGGUAUACUGAUAUAAACUUGAGAAAAGGAGCAGAUAACUUUCGCCAAGAGCGCAUCAGGAAGGUGUUUUUUACUGAGCAAACCCUUGUAGCUUGCUCCAGCCUAACAGUUAUUUCGGCUUCUUUGCCGACAACGAGUUUUGAUCUGAAUCUACCCGCCAGAAGAUGUUGCCCAACUCAUGACCUUCUCAAAGAACUUGACAAAUGUUCAUAUCUUCGUUCUCCGCGGAUACGUUAUGGAAGUAGAUGGCAAUCAAACCUCGAUCCAGAGCAUCAUGCCUAUAGGAGUGGGGGUGGUGUACGCCGAACCCGUGCCGGAUUGGGGUGAGGCGCGGACGGCCUGGUCGUGGGCCUGGGGCGUCCAUACUUACGGACUCGGCGCAACAUUCCUCGUCAUCGCCGUCUUCAUGUUCAUCACAGUCACUAAACUGUACAGUAAAUGUACUAAUCAUAAAUACGUAGUGACUUUGAAUUCUAUGCUACUGGUUUGUGGGUUGUGUCGAGGAUUGUAUUUGAUUGUUGACCCCUACGGGUCGUUAAAGGUCCUUCCUGUCACGUUCUCCAUGGUGACCUUUGGCGUAGGGCACCCAUGCCUGACGUCUGCCUUCAGCCUGCUGCAGUGGGCGUUCAUGCGAGUGACACAAGUCAAAUUGGGGCCGUGGAAAUUCCCCAGCUACCGGGCUCUGUCGAUCUUCCUUUUCAUCCAUUUCUCCACAGUGAUCAGUACCAAUGUGAUUGUCUCAUUAAAGAUCUCCAUGAAGCUACUGCUGACGCUAAACGAAACAAUUUUCAUCUUAUGGGGGUUUAUUCUGUGCGGGAUUUUCAUAUUUAAGGGUUUUAAGAUUACGCAAUUCACUAGCGAAACGCAAAAGGCAUUAAAACAGCUCAGUAUGUAUAACCAAUUUAAGAACGACCCGGAGUCCAAACGAAAAGAGUUAAACAUUAAAAGGGUCAAGCGUCCGAAAAUAAGGAUCACAAAUGACGAUGACGACACCUACAGUGUGUUGACUGACACGACUUCCGGCUGUUCUGAUUCGUCCAUAUCUUGUCACGUGACUAAAUUUUCCUUUGAGAAACAUAUCAAACCGUCUGCUCUUUCUGAAGACAUUUUAGACGAACCCGAGGAAGUGACGUUACUUGAAAAAGAACGUAAACCUGCGGAGUCGGGGUCGGGUCCGAAGUUGGAAAUCGUCAUGGACGAGGACACCAUAACUGUUCUAGAUCAUUCAAAAAACGCCGUGGAGGAAGAGGAUGUAAAACCAGAGACGACAAACCGUGAUAGCUUUGAUUACAACCGUGAUAGCCCCAUCUCAAAUGUGACGAGUCAGGCCGAGAGUAAUGGCAGAUAUUUUUGCGACAUUGAGCCGUCCGACACUGAGCGAUCUAGCCUCGGUUCCGGGAGUGGAAGUGUGUAUACUGUGGAAGAAAUCGUUCAUUUGACAAAAACUUCAAAUUUACGACAAUCGAAGAGCGGAACUCCGCUAGAUGUUGCAAGUCAUUCCGAGGAGAGGAGUAUGGGUAAUGGCAUGCUCAAAUCGAAAUCGUUCGAUUUAAAACACGUGUCAAGAUCUGAGGCGUUUACUGUUGUUCCAUUGGAGGAGAGUGAUGCGGGAAACGACGUCAUAGAAAUGACUGAAACAGAUCUCGCCAGUUCCCGCGAAUGUGGGAUUGAAGAAGAAGCAGAAACGUUCUGCGAAACUGGCUACAUGGCGGAUACGGAGUACGGGUCGCCAAAGUUUAGCAAACGGGGCCGAAAACAGAGCUUGGACGCAAUGUCUGACGACAGCCGAUGGGGGCAGGGCCAACGGACUCCGAACCAUUUGGGGGAUGCAAACUGUAGCACUAUAAGUUUUCAUAGGAUACGGCAGGGUAAAGUUUUACAUAAGUUGGUCAAAGUGACGUACAUAACAACAAUGUUCCAAUUCAUCCUAUGCAUUCUACAGCUCUACGCUAUGUUUGGCGUAUACGGAGUUUUAGGGAAGGACUAUGAAAUCGACCCAUGGCCUUGGUUUACUUUCCAGACAUGUUUCAGAUUCGCUGAGAUUGGGAUGUGUGCAACAAUGUCCUACGUCACAUUCUGUCUCGGAAAGAGUCGACAGAAGGCCUCAGAAAGGAACAGGAGAAAGAAGUCCCAUUUAAAAGACGUUAAGUUAGGGCGGAGUCAUACUAUAGACAUGGAAUCGGGUUCUGACGGAUGAACAGUGCAAGGGCGGAUAUCUCGCCGCUCGUCUUGAUUCUCCCGAUGCAUGAACAUGGGUCACGGUGGUAGGAAGGAACCAAUGUGCAAUAUGGACAAAACGCCGCCGACCAUGAUCUUCCCAUUUCAUAUAAGGUCCAACAAGAUGCACUUUCUAUUUUUAGCAGGUCAUGGCAUGAUCAAUAUGACCACCGAUCGACCCAGGACCUUAAUUUUAAACGAUAUACAUGUACUACCGUGUACAGUUGGCACGGUUUGAGAAAAAGCAUGUUGAGGAUGUGAAGUAAAAAUGUUAAUCACACCACGUUUUUACAUUAUUGAUUUGAAGAAAUAAACGAAAAGAAAUUUUAAUAGAUGCAUUGUCUUACUUUUUGAACGCAGCUUAUAUUGAAUCUGCUCACCAGUCAAGUCAAGGCGAGAAAGAUAAGGCCAUGCAUC